AUGGGGAUCAUCACUCGCAGUUCUGCUGGUAGAAAACCAAGUGAAAUUAUGAGGUUUUUUGUGACAACUUUUAUUGGUAUAGUUUUCGGAUUCUUUAUAGGAGUAUCAGUUCCAACAUUGUCAAUAACAAAGUUGAAUCUCCCAUCUGGCCUGCUUCCCUCCAUUGAUCUUACGUACAUUGGAGACAGAUAUACAGGUCGCCAGGCAUGGGCUUUUAUGAAUAAUAGUCACAAAAGAAGUUCAUCGCAAGUUCAACCAUUAAAUGAUACAUCAAAGAUUUGGGUUCCAUCAAAUCCAAGAGGUGCAGAAAGAUUACCUCCCGGCAUUGUUGAAGCUGAGUCGGACCUUUAUUUGCGGAGAUUGUGGGGUAAGCCCAGUGAGGAUCUAACGUCCAGGCCAAAUUACCUUGUGACCUUCACUGUUGGCUAUGAGCAGAAAAAUAAUAUUGAUGCAGCUGUGAAAAAGUUUUCAGGGAAUUUCACUAUCCUUCUAUUUCACUAUGAUGGCAGAACAACUGAGUGGGACGAGUUUGAAUGGUCAAAGCGGGCUAUUCAUGUGAGUGCUCGCAAACAGACCAAAUGGUGGUAUGCCAAGCGGUUUCUGCAUCCUGACAUUGUGGCACCAUACGACUAUAUAUUCAUAUGGGAUGAAGACCUGGGUGUCGAGCAUUUUGAUGCAGAGGAGUACUUAAAACUGGUGAGGAAGCACGGCUUGGAGAUUUCACAGCCUGGUUUGGAACCUAAUAAAGCCUUGACAUGGCAAAUGACAAAAAGAAGAGGUGAUCGCGAAGUUCACAAAGUGACACAGGAGAAACCAGGAUGGUGUUCUGACCCUUAUUUGCCUCCUUGUGCAGCAUUUGUUGAAAUUAUGGCUCCAGUGUUCUCGCGUGAUGCAUGGCGCUGUGUGUGGCAUAUGAUUCAGAAUGACUUGGUCCACGGGUGGGGUCUUGACUUUGCUCUUAGAAGAUGUGUGGAGCCUGCACAUGAGAAGAUUGGAGUUGUUGAUUCUCAGUGGAUUGUUCACCAAGGUCUUCCCUCUCUAGGGAACCAGGGUGAAUCUCAAACAGGAAGAGCACCAUGGCAAGGGGUGAGGGAGAGAUGCAGAAAGGAGUGGACAAUGUUCCAGACUCGGUUGGCAAGUGCAGAAGACGAGUAUUACAAGUCAAUAGGACUUAGUGAUACAUCUAAUUCCACUGCUCGUUAG